AUGGUGACGGAAUCGGAUGCCCGAGCAAUCUAUGCCUCAGCCAUUCACUUCGAUGGCCUCAACAUCGCAAACUGGGGUCGCGACAUUUUCGAGGCCUGGCAUAAAGGCGGCAUCACAGGCGUUUCUUGUACCUGCGGCCUCUGGGAGGGCCUCCGUGGCAGUCUCGCCAAUGUCGUACAGUGGAAGCGCUGGUUCGAAGAACAUUCCGACUUGAUCGUGCAAGCGCACACCGUUGCCGACAUCCGCGCUGCCAAGGAGGCUGGCAAGACAGCUGUGCUGCUCUCAUGGCAGAACACCUCUGGCAUCGAGGACCAGCUCGACUACCUCCGCGUGUUCAGGGACCUCGGAGUACGCAAGAUGCAGCUCACGUACAACACCCAAAACUACUCAGGCUGUGGCUACACAGAGGCCCGGGACAGCGGGCUGACAGGGUUCGGGCGCGAGGUCAUUGACGAGAUGGCUCAGCUUGGGAUCGUGUGCGACCUCUCUCACGUCGGACCGCAGACGUCGGAGGACGUUAUUGUGUACGCGCCCGACGGGAAGCCGCCGUGUUUCUCCCACAUUCUGCCGGGGGGGCUGGUUGAUCACCCGCGAAACAAGUCAGACCAUUUGAUUAAACUCAUUGGUAGCAAGGGUGGCUUUGUCGGGUUGUCGCAGUUCGGGCCACACAUGCCCAAGGGUAACGACAGCACAAUUGACGAUUAUGUCGAUGUGCUUGACUAUGUUAUCGGUCUGAUUGGGGAGGACCUUGUGGGCAUUGGGUCAGACUCGAGCGAAGGGCACGCGAGGCCGAGCGAAUUUCUGGAGUGGUGCAACAAAGACAAGGGAUAUGCGAGAAGGCUGACUCCAUGGGGAAGCCAAAAAGUUGUCAAACCUCUGGGUCCGUUGGCUGAUCGGGCGGAGUUGGCUGUGGCAAUGGCAAGGAAAGGCUGGAGCGAGGGGAAGAUGAACAAGGUUCUUGGCGAGAAUUGGCUGAAAUAUCUCGAAAAGAUCAUUGGAUCAUAG